AUGGUGAUGGUGGCGUCCAACUCCGGCGUGAUCGGCAAAGGCAACGCGUUGGAAACGAUAAGCAAAGAAGUGACGCAACUUUCCGGCCGAGGCGGUCUGACCGGUUUGUCUGUGAUUUGGGGAAUCGUGACGGUCGCGCAAAUCGUCUCCAUGCAGUCGAAAGAAGAAGAAGAGAGCAGUACGAAUAAUAAUAAUAAUAAUAGUUUUAAUUUAAUGCCGCAAGAAAACGUCGCGGCGUGGGCGUGCACGUUCAGCGCACUCGCGGGUAUUUGCGCGUUGGUGUAUGCGAUUCAGUUGGCGAAGUCUGUGCUCGCGCAACCGGCGGGGAACGCGCGAAUGCAAGAGAUCGCUUCGGCUAUUCAGGAAGGAUCGAGAGCGUUUCUCGCGACGGAGUAUAAAUGGCUGUCGGUGUUUUGCGCGGUGACGUUUUUGUUCGUCUCGGUGGGGAUUUCGUUUGCAACGGGGGUGUGCUUUGUUUUUGGAGCUGGGUUGAGCGCGGCGACGGGGUGGAUGGGGAUGAGCAUCGCCGUUCGAGGGAACGUGAGAACGGCGGCGGCGGCGGUGCACGGAUUGGAUCCGGCGUUGCGGGUGGCGUUUAACACCGGGACGGUUAUGGGGAUGUUAGUGGUCUCUUUUGGUAUUUUGGGGUUAGCUGUGGCGUUUAUUUUCUUCGAAUACACGCAGAAUAGCGCGCAAGAGGCGUUGACGACUUUGGCUGGGUUUGGGUUCGGCGCGAGUUCAAUCGCGCUGUUCGCGAGAGUCGGCGGGGGGAUUUAUACGAAAGCCGCCGACGUUGGGGCGGAUUUAGUUGGUAAAGUGGAAGCGGGGAUUCCGGAAGACGAUCCCAGAAACCCGGCGACGAUUGCGGAUAACGUCGGGGAUAACGUCGGGGACGUCGCCGGUAUGGGCGCGGAUCUGUUCGAGUCGUACGUCGGGUCGAUCAUCGCCGCGGCAACGUUAGGGUUAGAAAUUCACGGCCAACGAGGGGUUGCGUUGCCGUUUUAUAUCGCCGGUGGGGGCAUUUUCUGCGCGAUUAUUGGUACGUUGUUCGUGAGAACGCAAGAAGGCGCGAGCCAAGAGCAGUUAUUGACGGCGAUGCGCAACGGAACGAUUUCCGCGAGUUUGUGCGUGUUGAUGUUCUGCGGGUUCGUGAUUCCGGCGAUUGGGAUCGCGACGCCUUUGAAAGUCUAUUUUACCGUUUUCACUGGGCUGUUGUCGGGUGUUUUGAUUGGCGCUGCGACGGAGUAUUCCACGUCGCACGCGUUUUGGCCGACGAGAAGUAUCGCCGCGGCGGCGGAGACGGGGCCCGCGACGGUUUUGAUUCAAGGUUUGGCCGUCGGUAUGUUUUCCACGGCGCCGCCGAUUGUGAUUAUUGUGAUAGCGAUUGUUGUUUCUAUGUCCUUGACGGGUGUGUUUGGCGUCGCGAUUGCCGCGGUUGGGAUGUUGUCCACGCUGGGCGUCACGUUAGCCACGGACGCGUACGGACCGGUGGCGGAUAACGCCGGCGGCAUCGCGGAAAUGGCGGAGAUGCCGCCUGAAAUCAGAGACCGAACGGACGCUUUAGAUGGUUUAGGAAACACCACCGCGGCAACUGGUAAAGGGUUUGCCAUUGGGUCCGCGGUGUUGACUUCUUUGGCGUUGUUGACGGCAUUUCAAAAAGCCGUUUCGGUGAAAGGCACGGAUUUGUCCGUCGAUAUCAUCGCCAACGCGAAAGUCAUGCCAGGUUUGUUAAUCGGCGGGGUCUUGCCGUUCGUAUUUUCUGGGUUCACCAUGUUAGCGGUCGGUCGAUCCGCGGGGUCGAUCAUCGAAGAAGUUCGAAGACAGUUCCGCAACGGCAUCUUGGAAGGUUUGGUGAAACCGGAUUACGCCGCGUGCGUCGACAUCGCGACGAGAGCGAGUUUGAAAGAAAUGGUCGCUCCGGGCGUGAUGGCGGUGAUUGUGCCAAUCAUGGUUGGUAUUUUUAUGGGACCGGAAGCGUUGGCGGGCGUUUUGACGGGAAGUAUCGUCUCUGGAUCGACGAUGGCGAUUAUGAUGGCCAACGCCGGCGGCGCGUGGGACAACUGCAAAAAGUACGUCGAGGCGGGCGCGCACGGCGGGAAAGGCUCGGAGUGCCAUAAAGCGGCAGUAGUUGGCGAUACGGUUGGUGACCCGUUCAAAGAUACCAGCGGGCCGAGUUUGAACAUCUUGAUCAAGUUGAUGAGCGUCAUCGCUUUAGUCAUGGCACCGUUGUUGAAAAGAAUGUGGAUUGAGAACAUCUUAUAA